AUGUUGCGCGCGUCGCUAGGCGUGCGCAAAAAUGGACUGUCUCUGCUACAACCAGCGGCCAAAGCGCCGUUGCGGACGCCAGGCUCUCGACUGUCGGGGUUGGCAUUGCCUCGUCGAGCUGCAUCGACAGUAACGGAUCUGAAGAACUUUCCCGCCGUUGGCGAGAAGCUCCACGGCUUUACGGUUCGGGAUAAAAAGCAUGUCCCCGAACUGCAUCUCUCCGCUGUCCUCCUGAAACACGACAAGACGGACGCAGAAUACCUCCAUGUGGCGAGAGAGGACAAGAACAAUGUCUUCAGCAUCGGCUUCAAGACGAAUCCUCCGGACGCGACAGGAGUACCUCACAUCCUUGAACAUACCACAUUAUGUGGUAGCGAGAAGUCAGCGCCUCCAGUGAACCCAUGCAACUCAUGGUACCCUGUCCGCGAUCCCUUCUUCAAGAUGCUGCCUCGAUCGCUCUCUAAUUUUAUGAAUGCGUUUACCUCCUCUGACCAUACGACCUACCCGUUCGCCACCACCAACAGACAAGAUUUUAAGAAUCUGCUGUCCGUCUACCUCGAUGCUACGCUCCAUCCGCUGCUGAAGGAGGAGGACUUCAGACAAGAGGGAUGGAGAAUAGGACCUGAGAACCCAAGGGCUGCGGAGGAACGCGGAGGGUCACCGGAGGCUAGCAAACAGCUCGAAGACAUUGUCUUCAAGGGCGUGGUUUACAAUGAGAUGAAGGGUCAGAUGUCCGAUGCGAACUACCUGUACUAUAUCCGGUUCAAGGAGCACAUCUUCCCAGCGAUCAACAACUCCGGCGGCGAUCCCCAGUUUAUAACGGAUUUGACGCACAAGCAGUUGGUCGACUUCUCGCGGAAAAAUUAUCACCCUAGCAACGCGAAGAUCUUCACCUACGGUGAUAUGCCGCUGAGCGAUCAUCUUGAACAGAUUGGAAGUGUUUUGAACGGCUUUGACAAGGGAACAGCUGACAAGGAUGUCAAGCUGCCGCUCGAUCUCAGCCGCGGACCUAUCAACGUGACCAUACCAGGCCCCAUCGACACAUUCACCAGUGAGGACAGGCAAUACAAGACUUCGACUGCUUGGCUGAUGGGUGACACCGCCGACGUUGUCGAGACGUUCUCCGCGGGGAUACUUUCGUCGCUGCUCCUUGAUGGCUACGGCUCCCCUAUGUAUCGGGCACUAGUUGAAAGUGAGCUUGGCUCAUCAUUCACACCCAACACCGGUCUGGACACUUCGAGUAAGAAACCCAUCUUUUCUGUCGGUGUGAAUGGAGUCAGGGAAGAGGAUGUGCCAAGGGUUAACGAGGCGAUCCGAAACGUGUUCCACGAAUGUCUCUCGAAUGGGUUCAGCGACGACAAGGUUCAGGGGUACCUCCAUCAGUUGGAGCUCGCUCUGAGACAUAAAACUGCCAAUUUUGGAAUUGGAGUCAUGGAGAAGACAUUGUCGUCCUGGUUCAACGGCAAUGACCCUAUGAAAGAACUUGCGUGGAAUGACGUCAUCGACGAAUUCAAAAGGAGAUACGCACAAGGUGGCUAUCUCGAGUCUCUGUUGCAGAAGUACCUCCUCAACGAUAAUUACAUGACUUUCACCAUGGUUGGGUCACCGACGUUCAACGAAGAGUUAGAUGCGAAAGAAAAGGCCCGAAAGGAUGCUAAACUCGCGGAACUAACAGCCAAGUUCGGCUCAGUUGAGAAUGCGGUUGCCCACCUUGACAAGGAGGAGCUGGAGCUGCUCAAGAUCCAGGAAAAUGCUCAACAUGCGGAUGUCAGCUGCUUGCCUUCGCUUCAUGUCAGCGAUAUUUCCAGGGAGAAAGAGCGCAAACCCGUGCGAGAAGGCAAAGUGGACAACGUCGAUGUCGUUUGGCGCGAAGCACCAACAAAUGGUCUUACCUACUUCCAAGCUCUAAACGCCUUGGAUGACUUGCCGAACGAGCUUCGUUUAUUGAUUCCGCUCUUCAAUGACUGUAUUAUGCGGCUAGGCACUGCUAACAGAACCAUGGAGCAAUGGGAAGACCUCAUUAAAUUGAAGACCGGGGGAGUCUCGACAUCCACCUACCUGGUCUCAUCUCCAACGGAGUUGGGUAAAUUCAGCGAAGGGCUGCAGUUUUCUGGUUACGCCUUGGACAAAAAUGUUCCUACGAUGCUUGAGAUCAUCCGCGCUCUCAUCACCGAAACCGACUUUACAAGCGCGGCGGCACCAAAAAUGCUCCUAGAACUCUUGCGUUCCACAACGAACGGGGCCUUGGACGCUGUUGCGGGGUCUGGUCACCGUUAUGCUGCGAAUGCUGCUGCAGCUACGUUGUCAAGAAGGUUCUGGGUUCAAGAGCAGCAGUCUGGGUUGACCCAAUUACAAGCAACGGCUAAUCUUCUUCGCGAUGCCGAAAGUUCGCCGGAUCGACUCGACGAGCUUCUACAGAAGCUUCGACUGAUCCAGUCAUUUGCUAUCUCAAGGUCACACAAACUCCGGGUGCGUAUGGUCUGCGAGCCUAAUAGCGCGGCUGAGAACGAAAGCACCUUGCAAAAAUGGCUUUCUGCUCUCCCUCAAACUCCCACCAUUCCCAAGACGGCGAAAGACGAUCAACCCACCGGCGCAUCCGGAAUGGUGCUCUAUGAUCUCCCAUAUAAGGUCUACUACUCUGGACUUGCGAUGGAGACAGUCCCAUUCGUCGAUCCGUCCAGUGCGCCGCUCAGUGUGCUCUCUCAGCUUCUGACACAUAAGUACCUGCACCCCGAAAUUCGAGAAAAGGGCGGUGCGUACGGUGCCGGUGCCAGCAACGCGCCGAUCAAGGGUGUCUUCACCCUCUCCAGCUACCGCGAUCCCAACCCGCUCAACACUCUCAAUGUGUUUAAGAACAGCGGAGUCUUUGCGCGGGAUCGCUCCUGGAGCGAAAAGGAACUUGAAGAAGCAAAACUGAGCAUCUUCCAAGGACUUGAUGCGCCGACCAGUGUCGACGAGGAAGGGAUGCAGUAUUUCAUGAGCGGCGUUACACAUGAGAUGGACCAGCGUUGGAGAGAACAGGUCCUUGACGUGACUGCCAAGGACGUCAACGAGGUCGCCCAGAAGUUCCUGGUCGAUGGGCCGCGACAGGCGGUCUGCGUGCUUGGCGAGAAGAAAGAAUUCGCUGACUCGGGAGAGUGGGACAUGAAAAAGCUGUCAUUGAAGUCCCAAGAAGAGAUCCCAGCGGAUAUGGGCGGCGAAGUAUCCUGC